CAGGAAGGGCAAGUGUGAAGAGCCAUAUAGCUUAUUUAAGCAAUUACAACACAUCUCCCAUUGAGUACUUUUUUUUUCUUCCUUUCAUUCUCUCUCACACAUUCAUUUUUCUUCUCCAUUCUACAACAUGGCUAACUCAGAAGCAAUAAUGAAACAAGAAGAAGAAGUUAAAGAAGAUGAACGUCAAGUACAGAGAAGUUAUUGGAAAGAACAUUGUGCAGAUUUGUCAGUUGAGUCAAUGAUGCUCGAUUCUAACGCAUCUCAUCUCGACAAAGAAGAGAGACCAGAAGUACUAUCCCUAUUACCAGCAUAUGAAGGAAAAUCAGUUAUAGAGCUUGGAGCAGGUAUUGGAAGAUUUACAUCUGAAUUGGCUCAGAAAGCUGGACAAUUGCUUGCUGUGGAUUUCAUUGAAACUGCAAUAAAGAAAAAUGAAAAUACUAAUGGGCACCACAAGAAUGUGAAGUUCAUGUGUGCUGAUGUGACAUCUCCAAACUUGCAUAUUUCUGAAGGAUCAGUUGAUUUAAUAUUCUCAAAUUGGUUACUCAUGUAUCUUUCAGAUCAAGAAGUUAAAAAUUUAGCUGAAAGAAUGGUGAAAUGGUUAAAAGUUGAUGGAUAUAUAUUCUUUAGAGAAUCUUGUUUCCACAGAUCUGGAGAUUCAAAGAGAAAAUACAAUCCAACUCAUUAUAGGGAACCAAGAUUUUACACUAAGGUAUUUAAAGAGUGUCAAAUAAGUGAUGAAAAUGGGAAUUCCUUUGAGCUUUCACUUGUUGGUUGCAAAUGCAUUGGAGCCUAUGUUAGACAUAAGAAGAAUCAAAAUCAGAUUUGUUGGAUAUGGCAAAAAGUUAAAUCUCAAGAUGAUAGAGGAUUUCAAAGAUUCUUAGAUAGUGUUGAGUAUAAUCAUAAGGAUAUCUUACUCUAUCAACAUGUUUAUGGUCAAGGUUUUGUUAGCACCGGAGGACUUGAAACAACUAGAGAAAUUGUGACAAAGUUAGAUCUAAAGCCAGGUCAAAAAGUACUAGAUGUUGGUUGUGGCAUAGGAGGAGGUGCCUUUUACAUGGCUGAAAAUUUUGAUGUUGAGGUUGUUGCCAUUGACCUCUCCAUAAACAUGAUUUCUUUAGCCAUCGAACGCGUCAUCGGACUCAAAUACGCGGUAGAAUUCGAAUGUGUUGAUUGCACUAAAAAAACAUAUCCUGAAGACACAUUCGACGUAAUCUACACUCGCGACACCUUGAUACACAUCAAAGAUAAACCAACAUUGUUUAGAUCAUUUUAUAAAUGGUUGAAGCCUGGAGGUACACUUUUAAUUAGUGACUAUUGCAAAAGUGUUGGAAGUCUUUCAUUGGAAUAUGCAGAUUACAUCAAAAAGAGAGGAUAUUAUAUCCAUGACAUGAAUGCAUAUUUUAAGAUGCUUGAGAAUGCUGGAUUUGAUGAUGUCAUUGCUGAGGAUCAAACCAACUUGUUCUUGAAAACUCUUCAAAUGGAGUUAAAUGGGCUUGAGGAUAAUAAAGUUGAUUUCAUUGAUGAUUUUUCAGAGGAUGAUUACAAUGAAAUUGUUAAAAGAUGGAAGGCUAAGCAGAUGAGAGGUGUGGCUGGUGAGCAGAUAUGGGGCAUGUUCAUUGCCAAGAAAAUAUGAUGUUUUUUUCCUUCUUAUGUUAUGUUUAUUUCAUGUCAUGUCAUGUAAUGAAUGAAUAUAUAUUUAGUUGUGUGAAAAACUUUCUACUAAUAAUUGUUGAGCUUUUGGCUUGGAUAGCUUUUUGUGCAUCCUUUUCUAUAUGGAAGUAAAUGUGAUGUUGAAUAAUUUUUUUUGAGUUGAAAAUCAGCCUGUCCUCUCUAAUAUAUGGUAAUGUACUAAAAAACCUAUGUAAAAACAUCCAUUUAUAUAAUACAUUAUGCAUCCUCUUUUAUA